ACUGAAGAAGAGGCGGGGCCUAGCAGCCCGUACUGGUGACGUCAGCGGUGGCGUGAUCGUGGCGCGCCGGAGCAGGUUGCUGCCUGUUGCUACGGACGGAGCUCACUUUUCCUUCGGCGCUCGAGAGUGGUGGACGUGUCUUAGGUUGUUAGGAGAUCGUAAUUUUGUAAUUUUAAAAUAACGUUUGGAAUAUAAGUUUUUGUUAGAUUUCUUGUUUUCUUUUCUUUUUUUAAAAAAAUAGUUUCCCAUCUGAUUUAUAAGAUCAGAAGUGGGAUAGGCCACGUAGCCUUCCGCUAACGGUGUAAAAUUUAACUUUUGUGUGUGCCGCUGAAUCAUUUUAAACGCUAAAAUUUUUAAAUUGUGGUGGUGGGUGGAUUGUGUGAAAUCUUGGAAUUUAUUAUUUGCGUAAGUGUUAAUAAUUUAGAACGCGUUCAUAAUGCCUAAACAUAAAUCCAAGAAAAGAGAUCGUAGUUCCAGUCGUGAAAGUAGUUCUUAUAACCGUCGUCAUAGAUCUAGUAAACGGCGUCGCGAUAGUUCAUACGGACGUCGUGAUAGCCCUCGUAACCAAUCGUUAGAUGUUAUUCUCGGAAGACUAAAUGCUAUUGAGAAUAGGCUAUCCGUUCCAUCGACAAUUACGGCAACGACAUGUCCACCACGCGAGUGCCAGACGCCACCGCUGCAGCCCAUUUCGUCAAGCCAGGCGACGAACUCCACUGCAGUCGAGGUCACGGCGGAGCCAACGCGGGCCAGCGGUCGCGAGUCGAGAAAUGAAGGGGACGCAACGGAUAGGAUUGUUGGCGCGUUAUCAUCCUUGUUACAAAGUCUGAUGAUUCUACCGAUGACCUGGGAGGCCAAGAGGAUGGUGGCGAAGGACCCUCUCAAGAAGCAGAGGAUGGUGGCGAAGGACCCUCUCAAGAAGCAGAGGAUGGUGGCGAAGGACCUUCUCAAGAAGCGGUCGGGGACGCCUCGCGCAGCCCGUACUGGUGACGUCAGCGGUGGCGUGAUCGUGGCGCGCCGGAGCAGGUUGCUGCCUGUUGCUACGGACGGAGCUCACUUUUCCUUCGGCGCUCGAGANGAUGGUGGCGAAGGACCCUCUCAAGAAGCAGAGGAUGGUGGCGAAGGACCCUCUCAAGAAGCAGAGGAUGGUAGCGAAGGACCUUCUCAAGAAGCGGUCGGGGACGCCUCGCGGUCAGGAGAGGCCGUAUUACAAAUAACUGAAGAAGAGGCGGGGCCUAGCAGCCCGUACUGGUGA